GCGAGGCGAGGCGGCGGCGGCGGCCAUGGCGGCGGGCGGGCAGGAGGGCGGCUGCGAGCACUACCGGCGCGGCUGCCUGCUGCGGGCGCCAUGCUGCGGGAAGCUGUACGCUUGCCGGCUGUGCCACGACGGCGCCGAGGAACACCGGCUGGACCGCUUCCGAGUGUCGGAGGUGCAGUGCACCCGCUGCCGCCUCCUGCAGAAGGCCCAGCAGCGCUGCGAGGGCUGCCACAGCCUCUUCGGCGAGUACUACUGCGGCAUCUGCCACCUGUUCGACUGCGACAAGAAGCAGUACCACUGUGCCGAGUGUGGCAUCUGCAGGAUUGGUCCAAAGGAGGAUUUUUUCCACUGUUCGAAAUGCAAUUUGUGCCUCAGCUUGAGUCUUCAAGGGAAGCACAAGUGUAUUGAAAAUGUCUCCAGGCAGGACUGUCCGAUAUGUUUGGAGGAUAUUCACACAUCUCGUGUUGGAGCUCACGUUCUGCCAUGUGGCCACCUUCUCCACAGAACAUGUUACGAGGACAUGCUAAAGGAAGGUUACAGGUGUCCUUUGUGCAUGCACUCGGCUUUAGAUAUGACAAGGUACUGGCGUCAGCUGGACGAUGAAGUAGCACAGACUCCUAUGCCCACAGAGUACCAGAACAUGAUGGUGGAGAUCCUGUGCAACGACUGCAAUGCCCGGUCUACAGUGCAGUUCCAUCUCCUAGGCAUGAAGUGCAAAAACUGUGACUCCUACAACACUGCCCAAGAUGGAAGAUGCCGACUGCCUUUGGAAGAGCAGUGACGGAGAGCUGCACUGCCUUCACUGGGCGAGGACAACUCUGACAUGGAAGAGACUAGUUAAAAAAAAAACCCACCCACUUGUCAGUAAAAAAGUUAUUCCCAGUCGUCACAGCACCAGUGGAAUGGUUGCGAGAUGUAAUUAACGCGGGUGCAAAGCAGUUUUGCUAAUUGUGUCGCCCUCCCUGGGGCAGAACGCAGUCGAGUCCUUGGGGAUACUGCCGGUGGAGCCCAAAGGUCAUCAUCUAGGGACAGUGGCACCCUUUAAAAGAGCUCUUUCUGGGUUGGAGAAGAGACAGCCUAGAAGAUUAACUAACGAGAUGCAAAAUGAGAAAUGGUAAGCAGCUGAUGCAGCAGAAGAUGUUCUGGGGCAGCUGAAGGUUGUGAGCACAACAGGAGGUGGAGGUAGAGCUAUUCCAGUCGCAGCUGCUGGGGAAAAUUGGUAGCUUGGAGAGCAGCCUUUUUACAUAAAGCUGACAUCCACAAAGUCUGGCAUGGGUACAGUUUGUUCCUUGGCAGUGACGUGUUUGUUCUGGGGCUUUGGAGCCAUCGGCACAAGCGGCUGGAGUGGGUGAGCUUGCAGAAAUUACAUCCUUUGGCUUCAUUUGUUGUUGUGUAUGUACAGAAUUGCCUUUGAAAGGAGGCUGGCCUACCUAUGUAGGUGCAAGGAACAGCCCAAAAAUGAAGCUGCUGCAAGGUCACCCUUCCGACCUGCUGUCCCUCCACUCAGAUUUGUUUGCCAGCUGCCUCUACACCCAUUUCUUCCUCAUUUUUCUUUAUUCACUUAAAAAGGCUGAGGUAUUGUAGGGUUUAGACACAUUUGUAGCUCAAUGUUUUGGUGGUCAAGUAACACUGUGUGAAGUCAGGAUCAUGCCAAUGAGUUGGGCUGAGCCUGAGGUGUUUGCUAAUGUAAAAGCACUUCACAGAGGUGCUCGAGUAGCGAAGGGACCAAUUUUCUGUUGUUUGGGGUUGUUUCUUAAAGGUAUGUGGGGGGAGAGGAUGAAGGACUGCUUUAAAAAUUAAAAACAAACCUAAGCCCAACCAACUUUCCCACCCUUCAUGUGAAAUCCUGCCCAAGAUUCUUUGCAGUCUAAAUGUAACAGAAAUUUCUUAGUUUUGGAGAAUUUCAGAACAUGUAAAUAGUUUCCAAUAAUCAAAAUGCUCCAGAAGCCCAGUUACUCUUCACCAUACAACUGCCUAGUUUUGACUUGUUCUACUGUAAACCACCAGCUUGUCUUCACCCGGCUGUGCCUCCUUAGGCCUGCCAGGGCAGGCUGGGCUGACAGCGUUCCCAUAGCUUGCCUAUCAUGGAGUAGCUUCUUCAGACUCGCUUUCCUCGUGGCUAUAAAUAAAUGUACAAUAACAUCUCUAUUAAAGCAGAUGACGCCA